AUGCCUGGGGCAAAGCGUCAGCUAGAUGACGAUCAAAAUGAUCAGCAGAAUAAGAAGCUCUGUCAGCCAGGACAAAUCCGUGACCCCAUCACUGGGCUUACCGAACCUCUUACCGAAGAUCAUACCGACCUUUACAUAACUUCCGGCUUUGCCCUCGGAGGUACCUCCAAUCAGAAUGUGGGUCCAAAGCUAUGGAAUACACACUUCACUUCGACCGGUACUGCAGCGAAUUCAUUUGAGCUACCCUCUGCACCUAUUGUUCAUUCCAGCAACUCCACUAUAGGAUUCCCGGUUACUCUGGCUAGUAACAUGGGUGUGACCCCUCAGUCCCACAUAUACAAUAAUAAUAUCCAGCAACCAAGCGGCACCGGCGGUAUCGCCACAACUGUCGCAAUGCACGGCCUCGGUGCAGCCACAGAUAUGCCUAUGAUGGAAUCUGAAGGCUAUUUCACUAACGCCAAUCCUCCCCUGCUGGCCUAUGGAGAUGAGGCUCAUACUAUUUCUGAGGGUCAUCCUUCACAAAGCGAUACAAACAUGGUGCUUGACGUUUAUGCCCCUUCAACCUUGCAGAAGCAGACUCUUGAAAUUAGUCUUCUUCCGUCACCUACACCCUACCUUCCACCUCUCGGUCCUUUUCCUUCCCGUGCGCGUCCCAACAAUACCAAGGGUAUUCCUCAGGGCAAAGCAUAUAUUGCUAUGGGGUAUCGGGCUGACUGUGAAAAAUGUCAGAAUCGUGUGCCUGGACAUUACAAUCAUAUUAUAUUCCGUUAA